AUGAAGACUCCCGAUACGUCCUGGUGGAGGAAUGGAGAAGGCGAUGAAUUUAAGAGCUCUGCGUCGCCAAGCCUCAUGGCCGUCCUAGCCACGGUACUUGCCGUGUCCAUCGUCUUUUACUGGUUCAGGAGGGUGAAGAAUGAAGCCCGUCUUCUACCUCCGGGACCCCGAGGGUUGCCGCUGCUCGGAAGUCUCCCCUUCCUCGGAUCCGACCUCCACAUCUGCUUCGCGGAGAUCGCGCGUACCUACGGUCCUGUCGUGAGUCUCCGCCUCGGUGCCAAGCUCUGCGUCCUGCUCAGUUCUCCCCAGGCCGUGAAGGAGGCCCUCAAGGACCAAGACGCCAUCUUCGCCAAUCACGACGCCCCCGCGGUGUCGCUCUUCUCCCCCUACGGUGGUAAGAACAUGCUCUACGCGCCCUACGGGCCUCAGUGGCGCAUACUCCGCAAAGUGACGGUGCGGCAGCUGCUCAACCCCGCCACCAUCGAUGGCCUCUCCGUCCCGCGCCAGGCCGAGAUUCGGAGGAUGGUGGAGGAGAUCCGAGGGAAAGCAGGCCAGCCCGUGAAUCUGCGCGAGCUGAUCUCCGCCGCGGCGAUGAACAUGACGACGGAGAUGCUGUGGGGGGGCUCAUUGGCGCAGAGAGGAGAUGAUAGGGACGCUCUUGGGAGGGAGUUCCGUUAGGCGAUGGAAGACCUGGUGGAGCUGUUGAUUAUCCCCAACAUCUCCGAUUUCUACCCUGCCCUAGCCUGGCUCGACCUGCAGGGCCUGGGGAGGAGGAUGCGAAGAAUGGUCUCAUUGAUCGACCGCAUCUUCAAUUCAGUCAUAGAGGAGCGGUUGAUGAUGAUGGAGGGGUGUCAGGACGGAGACCCGGCGGCGGCCGUGGACAUGAAAAACAAGGACUUCCUGCAGGUGAUGUUGGACCUCGUACAGAACCCUGACCCCCAAGCGCCCAUUACCAUGGACCAUAUGAAGGCCUUACUCCUGGUGACCUCCUUGUCCUCAUAUCCUCCAUCAAAAUUUUCAAUCGACAUCUUCAUACAUUUGAUUUCUUAGUUCCCACAAUGAAAAUCAACUGACAAUACCCUUGCGCAAUACUCACCUUUUGCGUGAAACCGGGUUGACAGGACCUGGUGACCGGAGGGACAGAUACCACGUCAACGACGUUAGAGUGGGCUAUGGCCGAGCUUCUCUACGACCCGGAGAGGAUGAAGACAGCAAAAGAGGAGAUUGUCACCGUAGUCGGGGUGGGCAACGCUGUCGAAGAGGUCCAUCUCCCCCACCUGCGCUACAUCGACGCCGUGGUCCGGGAGACCCUCCGCCUCCAUCCGGCGGUGCCUCUGUUGGUGCCCCACCGCCCCAGUUCUACCUGCACCGUCGCCGGCUACAAAAUUCCCGAGGGAACCAAGGUAUUCAUUAACGUGUGGGCUAUACACAGGGACCCCCGAGUAUGGGAGGACGCCUCCGAGUUCAAGCCCGAGAGGUUCCUGCGUGAAGCAGGCGGAGCGGAUUACAGCGGCAACACCUUCCGCUACCUCCCUUUCGGAGCCGGCAGAAGGAUCUGCCCCGGCAUCUCGCUCGGGGAGGGGAUUGUGAAGUACAUUCUUGCGUCCCUGCUGCACUCCGUGGACUGGGCUCUGCCGGCGGGGGAGGCGGCGUCACCGGAUCUCAACGAGAAGUUUGGGAUUGUGAUGAGGAAGGAGAAGACCCUCGUCGCCGUCCCCACCCUCCGGAUUCCUCAGAACAUUUAG